UAAGCAGGUGCUUGAUGACACCUGUACCGUGCUGCUGAAACUGAAGAUGAGGACACACAGAGGAAUCAACCUUCACAGGAGGAAAAACAGCAUCAGCCUGGCAUUGAGAGUGUUGGCAAGAAGGCAAGAAGGCAAGAAGCAAGUUUACCGAACAUGAAACACAGAAACAGUGGGAAGAAAGCACCAACCAUUGUUGAUUUGAUUUAGUCAAGUGAUGAUGAAGAACAAAAUGAAGUGUUGCAGCACACCCCAAAUAAGAGAACAUUAGAGUUGUGGUGUUCAAGCUGCCAAAGUAGCAGCAAAUGGAAAGACGUGAGAGCUGCAAUAUGAUGAUUACAGAGUAGCAGCAAAGUGACAGCACAAUGGAGCUUCACAUACGCUACAAGAAAUGGCAGUAAAUCUUUGAAUG